CGGAGGCUGCCGCGCGGAUGUCAGAGGGAAGACAAUGCUCGAGCACUGCGAUCUGUAGAAUAGGACAUUUCCCACACAGCGCAAUGAACGAGCGCCGCGCCUCAGCCACAUUGUAAAACAGUUAAUUAGAAACGCUGUGGAGGAGACAAGCAAGUCACAAAAAAAGGACUUCACAAAAAAAUACGUUGUGUAGUUAUUAUUUGGCACAGCUUUGGGGAAAACGGGGAAGUAAGGAAAUUCACUGGAUUUCAAGUGUGGAAACAAGGCUACAUUCAUCAUGAAGAAAAGCAAUGUGGCAAAAAGGGGUCUUCAAGAUGCCAACCAGCUGUCGUCGCAACCCGAUAAAGUAGGCUGGAUUCGUAAAUUCUGUGGCAGAGGGAUUUUCAGAGAAAUAUGGAAAAACCGUUUUGUGAUGCUAAAAGGAGACCAUCUGUAUAUAUUUGAAAAGGAGAUGAAGGACGACGGUAAAACCCACGAGGUUUUCGACCUGGCUGAGUAUGAGCGCUCAGAGGAGCUGAGGAAGGCCAAGAGUCGCAGCAAGAAGAACCACAGCAAGUUCACGCUCCUGCGCUGCAGGCAGCCGGGGAACAGGACCCCCAAUCUGGUGUUUUUGGCUGUAAGUCCAGAGGAGAAAGAGUCCUGGAUCAACGUUCUGAAUGCAGCCAUCGUCAGAGCCAAAAAUCGCAUCUUUGAUGAGGUCACAAUUGAGGAGGAGAGCCUCCUGGCGCACCCGACACGUGACCGUGCCAAGAUCCCUCCAGGCCGCCGGCUGCCCACUCGCGGGCAUCUCAUGACUGUGGCCUCUACUUCGUCUGACGGGAUGCUGACCCUCCAUGAGGAGGACGCCAGCUCCCCAGAGGACGAGGGGGACGUCUGGGUGAAAGACUUCCGCGUCGACCUGGACAAGCUGUCCCCGGGUCGCCGGCGAUCGGGCACGGACGUUUCCAAGCGUCGCGCCACGCCUGCCGAGGGGCGGGUGAAAACGGGUAGCCUCCCGCGGGGUAGCGAGAUGUCCUGGACUCCUCGGCCGCAGCAUGCGGAGGGACAGACCCAGGUCCAGACCCAGGUCCACACCACCCCGGCCCACGCCCGCACCCCACAGCCGGGGAAGAGGGCCGCCUUCCAGGCCCGGAAUCGCUGCGCCUCCAUGGACGACGCGCUCUCUCGCGGAGACCGCAGGGCGGGACGGAAGGACCAGAGCCAGACAGCCGCGCUCGCCCACAGCCCCACGGGCCACCUGCAGGACCUCAUCGCCCAGCGGCUGCUGCGCACCCAGGAGCUGCUGGCCGAGAUCCAGGAGCAGGACCCGCCUCACUGGCCCCGCGUGGACUCUGCUCACGCCAGGGGCAUGGAAUCGCCCCGUCUGAGGCACUUGCGGGGGGCUGAUUCGCCCCAGUCGAAGGGAUCCGGUUCGCCCCACAGCAAGACCUCAGACUCGCCUUCGCUGAAGGGAAAAGAUUCGCCCCGUUCGAAGGCCAAGGACUCGCCCCGGGUCAAAGGCUCAAAGCAUUCCAAGAGCACGAACUCACCACGGGGCAAAGUCACGGACUCGCCCGACUCCAGGGCCCCCCACUCGCCGCUGGUGAAGAACUUAGACUUGACACACCUGAAGGGCUCGGACUCUCCUCUGUCCACCACCUCCAGCUCACCUCACUCCAAAGGGGGCGGCUCGCCCCACCUGAAGGGAGCGGAGCACUUGAGGGCGGCCAGCUCACCGCACCUGCGGAGUGGACUCAGGGACUCGCCCCUGCGAGAGGGCGGGAUGGUGGCGGUCGGGGGGUCGGAUUGGGAAGUGCGUCGGGCGGCCGCCGAGCGGCUCCUCCAGGAGGCCAUCGUCUCGUGGCGCGAGGCCAAGGAGGUGCUGGAGGAGGUCAAGCAGCUGCAGGAGCGACAGCGCAAGGCCGAGCCGGGCGCCGCGGCAAUGAAGCAGACCACGCCUUCCCAUGACAGCAAGCCUAAGGAGCCCUGACGCAACCUCAACAGCACACAAAAUGCAUGCUGGGACAGUUAGUCCUCCCACCACUAUCUGUCUGAGAAUGCCAAGCACGUGGGAGAAAGACUUUAAAGCACACAUUGUCGAUGAUUGGUUCUUAUCACGUUUUUUUUUCCGCUCUCCUUUUUAAUACUGUGGUAUUGCCACUAUUUGCUAUUCUGAUGUUACUAUAUGGGCUAUCUUCCUAUGAUUCUGCAUCCUUGGAUCUUUGCACUGAAGUUCACUGGAAAGGUGCUGAGCAGAUAGGAGAGAUGGUUCAGGAACCUCAUGUUCUACAGGGUUGAAUUUUGGUUGUGGGUUGUUCUACAAACAACAUGCUGAGUGUGAACUGCUCACUGUCCCACUUUCUCCUACAGGGCCUGGAGGAAAAUCUUUUUUGGCUGAGAGUGUGUGUGAAUGUUUUUUCCCUGUGCCCCGCUGAUGCCUCUCUUUGGUGUGUGUGUGUAUGUGUAUUGAAGUUUGAUUUACGUGUAAUUUUGACUGGUAAAUAAGAGAGAAAGAGAGUUCAGAGAGAAGACAGAGAGAAUGUGUGUGUGUGUCUGUGUGUGUGUGUGUGUGUGUGUGUGUCUGUGUGUGUGUGUGUGUGUGCGUGUGUGUGUGUGUGUGUGUGUGUGUGUGUGUGUGUGUGUGUGUGUGUGUGUGUGUGUGUGUGUGCGUGUCUGUUGGAUAUGCAGUUCAGUGUGUUUGUCUCAGUUCUGGGUCAUGGGCUGUAAUGACUCAGACGCACUAGCAGCCUGGUGAAACACUGACACGCUUUACUCCUGGGCAGCUCGACCAUACUGUGAAUAUGCUUUUCAUAACAUGCUCGUUUGUAUUGGUAUGCUUUUAUUCUUCCCUUCCAAUGACAACUUCUUUGUGUAUUUUUUGUGACUGAAGUCUCUGGGCACUUUUACGAAUA